AUGUUGCCUUUGCAUGGCAACGCGACGACCUCAAGUGAAACAUCGGUGGGGACGAACACGGCAACCGCAGCGGCGACGUCAGCGGGACCCAGCAAGGGCCCGCCGCCCGCCGCCAAGUUCCGUCACGGUCUGCUGCAGCUCAUGAUACACACCAUCGAUCCCAUGCAUGACGGCAAAGUGGACGAGAAGGCGACGCAGUUACACGCGAUAGCUUCCUUAAAAGUGUUGCUGGAGGCGACACGGCCGACAGCUGGUGGUGCUGGUGCAGCCGCUGCAAGACAUUCUGCAGCAGCCGCGCAAGCUAAGGAGACGCCCCUAGACCUGCCCAACGGCGGGAUCGCGGACGUCCAGUUAGAUGCUAUAGAAGAGUGGCCAUUGUUCCAGAUUGGAGACCUGGAGGAUGACACGACGCCGUUGGACAUGUCGUGGCCAUCAGGGUUCCGCAAGCGAGUAACAUACUUGUUAGUCGCACCCAUUGUCUUCCCACUCUGGAUGACCCUACCAGACACAAGAACACCGAAAGGGAAAAGAUUUUUCCCGGUAACAUUUAUAGGGUCCAUAGUUUGGAUAGCUUUCUUUUCGUACUUGAUGGUGUGGUGGGCAAAUGUAGCCGGAGCUACGGCCCAUGUGCCACCUGAAGUGAUGGGGCUGACGCUCCUGGCUGCAGGGACCUCAGUUCCUGACCUCAUCACGUCAGUCAUCGUUGCCAGAAAGGGGUUCGGCGACAUGGCUGUCUCCAGCUCAGUCGGCAGCAAUAUUUUUGAUGUUACUGUUGGAUUACCUCUUCCAUGGCUCCUGUACGGGUUGAUCAACGGCGAGCCAGUCCAGGUCAACUCCAAGGGCAUGGUCUGCAGCAUAGUGCUGCUCUUUGCCAUGCUCCUGUUCGUCAUCCUCAGCAUCGCCUGCUUCAGGUGGAAAAUGAACAAGGGUCUAGGGUUCACCAUGUUCCUCCUCUAUUUCGUCUUCGUGGGAGUCAGUCUCGGUCUCGAAUACGGCUACCUCCAUUGUCCGAGCGAAUAG